AUGCCCCGCGCAACACGAUCGGCGGGGUCAACAACACAGCGACAGGGGAGCAAGAUGAGUUCGCCAAGCUGGAAUAUUUGCUAUCGCGACGGAUCAAUCAGUUCCAUCCCAGUCCGAGACAAGAACCAGGUCAUUAAUACGCGAAGAAAAUUAAUGGAGGACGGGUGGAUAGUGAUGCAAAAUCAGACAUUCCUCGACAGCACAGUAGAGCAAAGACAGAUCGAGCACAACAAUGCUGUUAAGCAGUUUCUCUAG